UUUAAUUCCUCUCUUCUCUCGGGUUCCAGCGUGGCCACACGUCGCGGGCUCUCUUUAGCUUAAUCAUGCACCAGUGCAGUGUGGUUGCUUGUUUCCUUUUCCCAAUAUUAUUCAUCGCUUUAGCAAAUGGUGCAGCCCCGGGCCCUCGGCUGGACAACCGCAAGCUCUAUCGCUUCAGCUACAGCACCGACUUCCAGCUGGACCGGGCUCAGGGCUCGCGUCUCGGUGCCACAGGCUUCAGGAUCUCCAGCGCUGUUGACAUCCACCUGGUGUGGAGGAAUCCCGACAAUGAGGAUGAUCAGCUUCUCCAGAUAGCGAUUUCAAAUGUGUACAUUGAGAAUGGCCUUCCACGCUCCUCCAAACGCAACAUCUUUAAAGGCUCCACUGCUGAGAGUCUUCUUGGACAGCCCAAACUGGAGGCACUGCAGACCCCCUUCUAUGUGUACUGGAAGCUUGGGAAGGUGAGGAGUCUCUUCUCCUUCAAGGGAGAGCACCUCUCCAUCCGGAAUCUGAAGAGGGGCGUGGCUAGCAUGCUGAUGAUGCAGCUCAGGGGAGGCAAGAUGCUUGAGGCUGAUGUUUCUGGCAAGUGUGUUGUUGACUACAAGGCAACGAAGAAUCAUGUGACCAGAACAAAGAAGAUGGACACCUGCAAGACCACAGAGACUGGCUUCACCACUCACAGUCCGGUACUUGGCAUUACCAGUCAGUCCAGCUCAGUCACAUCCAUUACCUUGGAGAAUAACUUCAUCAAAUCAGCUGUGACUGAGGAGAUGCACUCCCUGUCAGUCAAUGUCCGCCAUUCCAUGUCUGCACGCAUCAUCUCCAGGCAAGCACUGACACUGGACUCUACAGAGGUAGGGCCAGAGGAGGUCGCUGGGAAGGAUGUCGCUGGUGUGGUGAAAUCACUGGAUGCCAACCUGAUGUCAGUUGGCAUUGUGGCCGACAACACCAAGAGCCGGUGCAAAAAAUGCCCCAAGCUGAUGGCGGUUUGGCAGGAUGUGAAGAAGGAUCUGGAACCAGGGAAUCUGGCCAAGGCCACAGCGCCCCGUAGUUUCCUCACCCUUAUCCAUAGCCUGAGGAAAGCUAGCUCUGCAGAAAUCCUGAAGGUGCUGGCCAACUGCAGCAAAUCCUCCCUGCCUCAGUUAGUGGAUGCUGUCACCUCCGCUCAGACUCCUGCAUCUCUGGAAGCCAUCUUGGAGUUUCUGGACUUUUCCAAGAAAGAAGGUUUGGUUCUUCAGGAGCGCUUCCUUUAUGCCUGCGGCUUUUCCUCUCACCCCACUGAAAAAAUGCUGCAGACUCUUCUGGAUAUUUCAAAGGGGAAGAUCGGUAGCAGCGACAUUAAAGAGUCUGUGGUGAUCAUUAUGGGAGCCUUGGUCAGAAAGCUUUGUCUGAAAGGAGGAUGUGAACUGCCAGCUGUAGAGCAUGUGAAGAAGCUGCUCCUGGAGGGCCCUGACAGCACCACGGAGGAGGCUGAGGUUCAGACGUACCUGCUGGCACUCAAGAACUCCCUGCUGCCCGAGGCCAUCCCACUGCUGACCAGAUACGUCGAGUCGGAGAAAGGAGCCUUCAGCACCAUUGCCGCCACUGCCUUGCAAAGAUAUGAUGUUGCCCUUAUUUCCAAAGAGGUAAAGGCCGCCCUGAACCGCGUGUACCACCAGAACCUGCGGGUGUAUGAGAAGAAUGUCAGGGUAGCGGCUGCCGACGUCAUCUUCAGCACUGACCCCACAUACAUGGAGGUCCAGAACCUCUUAUUGUCUAUUGGCCAUCUCCCCCAAGAGAUGAACAAAUACAUGGUCUCUAAGGUUGAGGACAUCCUGCGCUUUGAGAUGCCUGCCAGCAACAUUGUUCGUCAGGUUAUGAAGGACAUGAUCUCUCACAACUAUGACCGAUUUGCUAAGACGGGGUCAUCAUCCUCUUAUUCUGGCUACAUGGCAAAGGCCACCGACGUCACGUCCACCUACAGUCUGGACAUCCUGUAUUCUGGCUCUGGCAUCUUGAGGAGGAGCAACAUGAAUAUCUUUGGCCUGAGCAACAGCGCUGUCCUUCAUGGCCUUCAGGUGGCUAUCGAGGCUCAGGGUAUGGAGUCCUUAAUUGCAACCAAAGCCGAUGAGGGCGAGGAGGAUCUGGAGUCAUUCGCUGGCAUGUCUGCCUUGCUGUUUGAUAUCCAACUCCGCCCCGUGACCUUCUUCAAGGGAUACAGUGACCUCAUGUCCAAGAUCUUUUCCAUGUCCGGGGACCCCAUCAGUGUGGUGAAGGGCCUGAUUCUUCUGACAGAUCACUCUCAGGUCAUCCAGUUGCAGUCUGGGCUGAGAGCCAGUGCGGAGUUCCAGGGGGGGCUAGCUAUCGACAUCUCAGGAGGCAUGGAGGUCAGCCUGUGGUACCGGGAAUCCAAGACCAGCAUCAACAACAGGGGAGCUCUGGUUGUGGCUGGCAUUGUGACUGUGGAUGCAGACUUUGCCAGCACGGGUAUGGAGGUGAGCUUCGAGACAGAGGCAGCUCUGGACUUCAUCACCACGGUCCAGUUUUCCGACUACCCCUUCGUGGUGUGCAUGCAGAUGGAGAAGACCACCUUCCCCUUCAGGGAGUUUCUCAGCAAGUAUGAGAGGUUGCCUGAGGGAAAGCCGUUCCUCUCUCGUCGAGGCCGGGCCCAGCUGGUACCAGGUUCAGAAUUCCCUCUUCACCAGGCCAACUCUGACAUGUGCAAGCGCAUCCACGCAGAAAGUGAUUGGUAAAGGACUGGAACAGAGGGCUUCGAACAGGGAGCAGGACCAGAACUCAAUUUACAGAGUAAUAGACUGGAGAGUCAUCAAAACAUUCAGAUAUGCUGAGAUCAUUCAAAUUUUACUGUACAUUUCAAUUGAAUACUGUAUAUUGGGGCGUGGAAAGAUUUAAUUUUUAACUGUUUUUUUGCCAGAUUAGUGUAGCAGUAUGUUUAGAUGAUCUCUGCAUGUUUUGAAUGUCUCUGUUGACCAUCACAUACUCUGUUGUUAGGAUAAAUCUCACCUCUGCUCAUCAUCUUAGCCAAACCUAUAGUAUUUAUUUUUAUCUGGAAGCCAUAAAGUAUAUCAUCCCCUCCACAACCUCAAUGGAGAAGUGAAUGUGUCCCUUACACCAGCUCCUUUUUAUAUCCAGUUAUCCACACAUGAAAUGUUUACAUGCCUCUGACUAUUUAAGCCUUUUUUACCUGAAAUACAUCACACUCUCCUUGGACCACUUCAACUGCCAAAGUCUGCUGCAAGCAUUUUAUUCAAAGUGUGUAAAUGUCAUGUGUUAAGUUUUAAUAGUAUGUAUACAUUUCCUUUGUAUGCACUAGCCACAACAUCCAGAAGGUUAUCUAUGUGUACAUUAUUUGUAAAUAUAUGAGCAAGUGUCGACAGCGGCCCAGCCUGUACUUCGGUUCACAUAUGCGACUGAGGGGGUUUGCUGAUAAUGUAGGGAACUGCAGCAGUGGCCUUGUUUUUAUCCUGUCAGAACUGAUUCAGUUUAGUCACCUUAACGUUGGGCCUCAUGGUGCACGUCAUGGUGCCUUCCAUGGAUGUUAUUAAGAGUUGAAGUAGAAGCACAUUGAAUUAUCAGUAGAUGUGACAGUCAGUUUAUAAGAGCUUGUUAGAGUUGGUUAAAGUUCCUCACCUGCAUUGCUCACAGUCUGCUUGGACAGACAUGCUCAGUCUCCAGCAUUUUAUGAAUUGAUACUUAAUUGUCAUGAUUCUCUGGACACUGUUUUGCCACUCCCAAGCAUUCAACUGAUCUCCAAAGCCCUGCACAACUUGCAGAAAAAUACUGAUAGUGACACUAGGUAUUGGGCAGCUUGCGCAAACAUAAACAUUGUGGGUUUGAACACUUUGUGGAUUUUUUUUGUCCGUGUGUGUGUGUGUGUAUGUGUGUUGGACAUUUGAACAAUACAAACCUGGAUGCAGUGCUUUAUAGUACCAUAUAUUUGUUGUGACUGUGCUGAGUGAAAUAAAAAAAGA